ACUAUCUUGUUAGCAAUGGUGAAAUUGUUAUUGUUGAUGAGUUUACUGGUCGUACCAUGCAGGGCAGACGCUGGUCGGACGGUUUACACCAGGCCAUUGAAGCCAAAGAAGGCGUUGAAAUUAAGCCUGAAAACCAAACGAUGGCAUCGAUUACCUUCCAGAACUAUUUCCGCUUGUAUGAAAAACUGUCUGGAAUGACCGGUACAGCAGAUACUGAAGCUUUUGAAUUACAAGAUAUUUAUAAACUUGAAGUGGUGGUCAUUCCUACUAAUAUGCCGAUGGUGCGUGAAGAUGGUAAUGACUUAAUUUAUCUUUCGGAAGAAGAAAAAUACGACGCCAUUGUUAAGGAGAUUCAGUAUACGCUUGAAAAGCAGCAACCUACCUUGGUGGGUACCGCUUCUAUCGAAUCUUCCGAAUUAUUAUCGGGAAUGCUUACCAAGCAAAAAAUUAAACACGAAGUGUUAAAUGCAAAGCAGCAUGAGCGUGAAGCACACAUUAUCGAAAAUGCGGGUCGGCCUAGUGCAAUAACGAUUGCAACCAAUAUGGCGGGACGUGGUACAGAUAUCGUUCUCGGUGGCUCAUUAGAUGCAGUGAUUAAUGCCUUAGGUAUGGAAAAAGGCCAAGCAAUCGAAGCCAAAAUAGUCUCCAAGUCGAUUGAAAAUGCACAACGCAAAGUAGAAGGGCAUAACUUCGAUAUUCGUAAAAAUCUGCUGGAAUACGAUGAUGUGGCCAACGAUCAACUUGUGAAAUACAUUCCACCCGGAAGUCUGGAUGAGCAAUGGGAUAUUGAAGGUUUGACCGCUGCGCUGAAGGAAGAGUUUGCUUUAGACUUGGAUGUACAGUCUUGGUUAGAUGCAGAUGAUGAUCUUUAUGAAGACACCUUAAUCGAGCGUAUUCAAGAAGCCUUGCGCGAGUCUCUGAAGUAUAAAGAAGACCUGAUUAGUUCUGAAAAUAGUGCUUUAGGCGGUCCAGAAGCAGAACUCAACCCAGAACCGAUGAAACCUUUUCAACGAGAACAGAGAAAA